UUUGUGUACUUGCGGCCUGUCAACAGAGAAGCAAUGGUUUAUAACCCGUACGAUCUGGAGAUUGUUAACCACAAUGAGAUUGACAUGAGUAACUUCUACACGAUGAGUGCAGCAGGGGUGACACACUUUGCUGAAGCAUCAGCAGAGUUCACUCCUCUGGAACAAUGGGAGCGGGAGUACCAUCUCUACAAUCUUAUAAGCAGUCUCAAAACUUUCCGCCAGUACAAGAUGUGGAAAGGAUUUGCAAUGUGGAAACGCUUUGUUCGAAAGAAGAAAACAAGGCACUGCUGCAUAAUGCUUGGCAAGCACCUCUUCUUCCUCAACAGUAUUUUUCAGCGUGCUCUUCUUCAUAUACGAGAGGAGGACAUCCACAGCCUCGACCACGCGAUCCUGGAUUACAAGCAGACCAUCGGCCACUUGACCAGCCGCAUACAGCAGCUGGAAAAGCGAUCCACUGCCACUCCAGAUGCCAGUUCCUCCAACUUCGGCGAUCGCAGCAACAUCUUGGAGAUCGACGUCGGGACACUCAAGACCGGUGUGCAGCGACAGCAAGCGACAACUCAGCAGCUUGAGCAGCAGAUUUGCGCAGCAGCCGCUGGUCCUACCACAUCACCUCGCGAGAGCAUCCCGAAGUUCGAUGGCCAGCCGAUCUUCUGCGAUGCAACGAAGGCGGAACCUAUUCCUUGGUUUCGCCAGUUUAAUCUCAAGCUGGAAAUCCAUAAGACCCGCGACGCCAGCCGACACACGUAUUUAUACUCCCGAUCAGGGGCCCAAAAGGCAAUGACUGAGAGGGAGAAGAUGGACUUUGCCCGAGGACAAGGGGGAAUGACAACGCCCCAAACGGGACAGACGACAUCACAGUCGGGUACAGCGCCGUCAACAGGCGAAGCCAAAUCGCGUUCUUUGGGACAAAAGGCGAUGGAUUUCCUCAUGGAGAAAACACAAGUCAAGGCGGAGAUCAAGAUCACGAAAGUAGUCAAGGGAGAAGGGGGGAAGGAAGAGGAAGUGGAAGUCUGGGAAUAUCCCGAAGAGAAUAUUCAAUCUCUGAAUGAGCUGUAUGAGAAGCAUGCGGGGGUUCUGUUCAAAUUCUCGGGAAGAAGCAGGGAGCUUUCCUUAAAUGAGAAGAGAAGGAAGGAAGGGGGAACAGAAGGAGGAAGUUUCUCCACCAAGAGGAAGGGAGAGUCAAGAGGGGAAGAGGAGUCUAAUGCUCAAGAAGGAGAGUCACAUCAGGGAAAAAGGAGACAAAAGACCCAACCAGGGGAGGGGGCCACUACAGGAGAGGAAGAGGGAGAGAGCAGAACAAGCAUGGAUUCAUCAGAGACUUCAGGCAAAGAAAGUGAAGCAGAGUCAGGCCCACACAACUCAACCUCAAAGGGUACCAGGGCAGGAGAGGAUGGGACAGGCAUUGCGGAUAAGAGCGAGGAAGACUUGACAGGCAAGGAUCACCCAGAAGGAUCAUCGCAGCAGGAAGAGGACGGAGGCAGAUCUCAGGGUGCCCAGGGACAUGUAACAAUGGAGGAUGAGGAAAGGGUAAGAGAAAGAGCGAGAAGGAGAGGCAUGCAAAACGCUGAAAACAUGACAGUGGAACAGAUACUGCAGGCAGAGGAGGACCAAAGAGAGAGUUCACCAGACACAGAAAGCGAAUCUGCGUCAGAGGAGGAAGAGGAAGAGGAGGAGGUAGAACAGGAGGACUCAGAUGUGGAGGAAUGGACAAGGGAACGGUGGGUAAAAGAGGUGGAACAGCUGGAAUGGGGGAGGACGAUCGAGUGUGAAAUCAGACUGGCCCACUACAAACACCUAAGGAACCUUCAACAAGCUACACAAGCAGGGGAAGACAUUACGCCUGAGAACAGGUUUGAACUGCUAAGGAGGGAGGGAGAAGUCAAUGAGUUUUACGCAUCUCAGUACGCAAGAAAGUCCCGCACAGUAAGAAACGAGAUACUCUUACAGCAGGAGGAAUAUGAGAGAAUAUUCCAAUGGCCAAAGUCCUAUCAUAGCAAGGAAAGGAAGAGGGACGGCAAGAAACGAAAGGCGCAGACCAUAGAGGAGCAAAGCAGUUUAGUGGGGGGAAGAAACGACCCAAUGGAGGGCGCUGCAAUGGAAGAGGAGCAAGGAAAAGGAGAGAGAGAAGAGGAAGAGGUCCAGGAUCUGAGAAGGCAAGCCGCGAUUCUGGUGGUACAGGUGAACCUGCUCAAGGAUGAGAACAGGGAAUUGGAGGACGACACAGUGAAUGUACAAAAAAUAGCGACAGGUAAGUGGAAGGAGGUCGAAGCCGCGGCCAGACUGGAACCCAAAAACGGGAGGAGGAGAAGAGUAGUUCUACCAUGUCGAUGGAAUGCAGGGUACUCGGACUGGGAAGUGGCAAUCAGCCAAUCCUUGCAGCUGUUAACAACUCCGACGGAUGAGUGCUCCGGCUCGGAUCUUCAGAAAUUAAUAGGCGGAGAGUUGCCGUCUCGUGCAUUCAUAUUGAGAGAGGGAGGAGUGGAGCCUAUGGCAGUAGGAGAGGAAGGGGAAGAGAGGACAAUGACAGACUUCGGGCCACUGCUUCUUCAAAUGGGGACUGACUCUGAACUAAGAGAGGAUUUGAUUUGGAUGCCUUGGCGGGUGGUGGAGACCAUUCCCUAUGGACUACUAGGGGGGGAACUAGGCGCGGAAUGGGUUGCAAGGUGCACAGCGGUGGCGACAAAAGUGGAGGCAUUUGCUUGGAACCCAGAUUUCAUCGAAAGGGGGCUGUGCUAUAUGUUGACAGAACUGCGACUUCACGAGAUUCAAAAGGGUGUGUUAUUCCCGCUUGAGGACUUCGUUAAUGCACAGGAGAAGAAGAAACUGCAAAUGAUGGAAACCCUUUCUGAGACGAGACCGGACGCCGCUACCAAGAAUUUCAAGAUGCCGCAGUUCACCAUCAGCAAGUUCGACGACUACAACAAGACCGAAGCUUUGACAUGGUGGCAAGGUUUCCUCACGGAAGCAUCCUGCCGCACUGUCCCGGCUGAAGACAUGUUGAAGGCGCUCUACCUACAACUGAUUGGCGGAGCGCAGGCAUGGAUGAAUCACCUGGCGGCUACCAAGAAAUGCACUAUCGCCGAACUCCACACGCACAUUACGUGGAAGGAGUUCGAGCAACUAUGGAUCACCCGAUUCAUGGUCCGCAACGUCGUGAAGGUGGCCAUGAACGAGGUGUACACUUGCUCACAGGGAAAUAUGCCAACUCGAGACUGGACGAUUAAGUGGCAGAAGAUAGUGACCACGCCAGGCUUCGAUUUGAGUUUUACAAACCAACGAUCCGAGUUCUUCUCGCGAUCAUGCGCAGGAUUGCGGUCGGCACUCGGCAACGAGUACGACUAUACCUCGUUCCAGGCUAUUCUGGACCACCCAAACCUGGUCAUCCAAACGGACGACAAGGCCGCCAACGAGAAGCAGUCCCAGCCGCACUAUGUGGCUAAGCCGGCCUAUCAGCGACCAGCACAUAACAAUGCUGUGAUUUCUGAAGAAACAGUCGAUCUCCACGCUGCAGCAGCAUCCUCGAGUGAUGGAGGAAUUGUAGCAGCGCUCCCGCCGAAGCGUCCCAAGAGAGUUCGGAAGAACAAGGCGACACAAGAGACGACAUCGACGGGAACUGGGCAGCAGCCAUGGACGGCAUAGAAGACAACCAAGGAAGUAUUUGACUUACGUC